GCUGGCUGAUUAACUUUCUUGCUAGUAAAUAUACAUUCUACUCGAAGAAAUGCCAAAUGAAGACAGGUUAAAAGCACUCCUCUCUGAUCUUGGUAGAUCAACCCUUAGGGGUGUUCGUAAAUGCCCAAAAUGUGGGACAUUGAAUGGCAUUAGGGGUAUUAUGUGCAAAAAUAAGGCUUGUGAUCAAGUUUUCAAAGAAGCUGGGGAGAAAAGAAAGAACACCACUGAAGUUUGCAAACUGCAUACUGGGUCUACAACCCAGAUUUUCUCUGUAAGAGUAAGAGAUAAAGGACCAGAUUAUCGCGGUUUUGUCCAACUACCUAUUGUGCCUAACUCUUUGUGCUCUCGUCCAACCGACCCUCUCAUCAACGAACCCUCAGCUGUAUGUUUUGUCGAGAAUUGUCAACGAAUAUUCAACACGAACAUUUUGAAAUGUCAUGAACGAGAGCUUCAGCCAGUGACAACGUGUCAACACAUCCAAGCUGCUACCCGAUGUUUUGCCUCCGCUCAGCCACUUAGCAUCAGCAACACUGUUCUCUUCUCUCUCAACAUCCCUACGUACAUCAAACAUAUGAUCUGGCAGAUGGCUGUAGUGACACUUGGGCCACUAGUACAACGGGUGUCCAAGACAAUCAUGGUUGUUCGCUGCAAAGUCACCUCCAAACACCCCCUCGGCUACCUCCACGUGACCUUCUCUCCUGCCAAGACAAAAGAGCAAGCCAGUCACUUUCUUUGUAGCUGUCCUGCCUUCAAGGGUCAGGGAUCAAGAAACAGAGGAGAUGAAGUGAUGCAUGACCGCAGAUGUAUUCACUAUUACUCAUGUGUAGCCGCAUUUGCUGGGGAUGAUAAGUUGAGUGAAGAGUUUGCCAGUUUCGUUGAACUUGAACGAUCACAAGAAAUUGUGUUAAAUCUUCAAGAACAUUCAGGUGGUGAGAGUGAGGGAGAGAGAGAGAACAGAGUGGUUGCCGUUCUGUCUGACCCUGAGAACAACCUGCAGCUAGAGGUAGAAGUCCUGACAGAUGAUCAGACCAUGCUGCAGCAGUACAUUCUACCAGAAUCUGACAUUUCCAGGGUAGGAGAGUUUGAGACCAUCACAGAGAAUGAUGUCUCAGAUGUUUGUCUACAAGGUCUGGAGAUCAUCCCUGAUCUGUCUACAUCACCUGAUCUACUCUCCUCUAUCAAACAAGAUCCUAUACCCAAGGGACUCCUCAGGUUUCAUGGAGUAAAACGAAAAAAAGAAGAAAGUUCAGCAUCAAUCUCAGGAGCAAUUGAGCCUAAGAAAUCUAGAAAAAAGAUUCCACCAAAGCCUGAGCCUAACCAAGUGAGGGACGAGGCUACAGUGCAGCAGUCGUUCACUCAAUGGCUGGCCACUGUGACUGAGAGGAUCAACCAACAGAUGCACUAUCAGUUCAGUGGCAAACCUCAACCUCUGGUCUUUCACACACCUCAGGAGUUCUUCGACUGCCUAAGGGAGCGUAUCUCUUACGGAGGCAAGAAGCGUCGCCUUCCAAACACAACAUCUGCGUUUGUCCGUAAACACGCUGUUCCCCUGGGCACUUUCACUAAAUACACCUGGCACAUCAACAACAUCAUUCAUUGCAAGCAGAUCUUUGAAACACCGCUGAUGCCUUUGGAAAUUACAAGAAGUUUUGUUGAAAAUCAAGAUGGUACCUAUGAUGCCUAUGAGGCAUCAAACAUGAAGGAUGAAGCAUUUUCAAAAAUGGAUAAUGGUCCAAGAAUAAGACCACUUGAGCUGAAGACCUUCCUGAAAGUUGGUAAUACUGCUCCAGACCAGAAGGUACCAACACCCAUGAUCAUUGAAUGGAUCCCAGACAUCCUGCCCAAAACUAAAGUUGGAGAACUGAAAAUCACCUUUGAGUUUGGUCAUAGGAGGCCAUAGCACUAGCACCUUGCAGGUUUGGGCUAAUGAUGAAUCUACAAGGCUUAUGUGUAUUUAUACUUUAAUACUUUUAAUUGAAAUGGCGACCAUUUGUUGUACAGUUCUUGAUCUCAUUUUGCUUGCUAAAUUAUUUAUUAUUUAUUUGAUCACAUUAUACGCUUCAUUAUUUUGUUAUUUAUCUGUACAUCCAUCUUUUAUUUUAUAGUAAUUUUAUUUUUAGUUCACAAAGCAGGUCUUGUGAAUAAAAUGUUAUCAUUAA